AGUGCGCACCCAUGUGCAGAGAAUUGAUCGCUACAUGGAAGAGGCGCUCAUGGAAACUGGGAAGGAUCCUCUGUCUCAGCCCCUCUUGUCCAUCAUCAGACGCUCCCCUGGCCCUGUCAGUGAGACAGCCUUGCCACGUGCUCUCACGCCGGACGAACCGCUGUUCUCAUUGCCCAAUGACAUUUUUGGUGAAUGGCCCUUCACCCUUUUCCAAGGAGAUGCCUUUGAUUUCCUCAGUCUCGAUGGGGACUAGUGCAUGUGUCCGGGUGAAAUGAAUACAACGACAGAUUCUCUUGCAGCAUGAUCACUACCACGUGGAUCCGAUGUGAGAAAUUCACUUUGAACGCGUCAACUCUUAUUCCGCUCGUACCCCAUUCGACCAUGUCUAUCCACUUCGAGUCUGUAAUCCCUGUUCUCCGUAUCUUUGAUGAGGUCAAAGCCGCGGAGUUCUACCAAGGCUUCCUGGGCUUCAAAUGUGAUUGGACACAUCGUUUCGAGGAAGGAUUUCCCUUGUACCAGCAAGUUUCGCGAGAUGGACUAGUUCUCCAUCUGAGCGAGCAUCACGGUGAUGGGGGUCCAGCGAUCCACGUGCGAGUCAUGAUGACAGGAGUAGAUCAUUUCCACAAAGAGGUGUCAUCAAAGCAGUACAAGUACUUGCGCCCCGGAUGUGACAAAAGCGAGGUCACCGGAAUGCUGGAAAUGAAAGUGACGGAUCCGUUUGGCAAUCGUUUGACGUUUUGUCAGCGAGAGGAGGGAAAGCAAUGAAAGAGGUGACACGAGUGGGAUGAUUUCGUCGCAUCGCCUGUUACUGGAUGUCGUCUCCAAUCUCGCUGCAUCUGUUCGUCGUUUGUCUGGCUCUUUUAUAUAACGGAACGGCUCCCUUCCU